CACAACCGCGGUUUAAUUAAUAUUUAAUAUAAUGCUCAGCGUUCCGUCUUGAUACAGAUUAGGUUCGAAAAAGUGAAAGCAGCACGAUAUUCAGCAUAAAAAAUUAUAAUAUCGCAUAGCCGUCGACUUUCUAUCGAUCUUUUUCUGGGCGAUGUUUAGCCCAACUCAUUUUAUCAAUGAUAAAAACUAGCGAUUGUUUUUUAUCGGGCAGUCGUGCAAAAAUAGAGAGCGGCCGACUAGCGCCGGUUGUAGUUUAAAAUGUGGAAUCGAUAGUCGAAAGGUUUCUGUAAUAAGUUUAGUAAAAAUAAUGUAUAACGCACCACGUUAUCAUAUAGUGCUGUAUAAACUGUCUCAUCCUUAUCAGUAAGAAAUGUUGAACAGUGUAUCGAGUUGUAUCUUCGUUUGGUGAAUGUUCCUUAGGGAUGCUUGUGUAGUUAUCUCGUGAGACAUUUAUUUUGGUUGCUCUGCACGCCGCGUAACUUACGAAAAAUUCACUGGUCUUGCUCGACCAAUACCUGAUGCGUUUGACAGUUGAGAGUGGGGAACUAUUUUGAAAUGUCAAAUGCAAAUCAAACCACUAGCAAGCCCAGGGAUCAUUUGUACAAGAUUUUGGUGAUAGGGGACCUAGGCACUGGCAAAACAUCCAUAAUCAAACGUUACGUCCACCGGUUCUUCACGCAACAUUACAGAGCCACCAUCGGCGUUGAUUUCGCUCUGAAAGUGCUCAACUGGGAUGAAAACACUCUCAUCAGGCUUCAGCUGUGGGACAUAGCAGGGCAAGAGCGCUACGGCAACAUGACAAGAGUGUACUACAAAGAAGCGGUAGGUGCCUUUAUAGUGUUCGAUGUCACGAGAAAAAACACCUUCGAUUCUGUGACCAAUUGGAAAACAGAUCUGGACUCGAAAGUGCAGCUACCUGAUGGUUCCCCCAUACCUUGCGUUCUUCUAGCCAAUAAGUGCGAUCAGCUGAAGGAGAGCUUAGCGAACAACAAGAACAUGGAGGAGUACUGUCAAGAGAAUGGAUUCGCAGCUUGGUUCGAAACGUCCGCUAGGGACAACAUCAACAUAGACGAGGCGGCUAGAGCACUGGUAGAAAAGAUUUUGGAGCAAGACGCGUUGUUGAACAGCGAAGCAAAGAAGGGUUCUGGCCAAUUCUCCGUGACGUUAGACUCGAAUGAUCAAAAAAACGGUAGAAAAUCGUGCGCCUGUUGACGAUUUUAACAAAGCUGAGGUGUGGUUGUGGUAAUCUUAACACCUAUAUGCAUAGACAUUGUUGUACAUAUACAAUCAUAUUAAUUUUAAAUCAGCUUUCAUUCUUUGUACUUAAGAAAUCAUAGGUUUAUGUUACAUUACAAUUUGGUAUUUUAUAAAAUAAAAAAGUUUUAAAUUA